AGGUGAGAGCACAAAGUGAGGACAGAGAGAGAGAGAGAGUUGGAAAGAGAAGGAGAAGCGCAACGCAGACUGAGGAAGAGAGUGAGAGAGAGAGAGAGAGAGAGAGAGAGGGAGGAGAAGAUAAGCGAAAGCUGAGAUCUUUUUCUCUUUCUGAUAAUACAGCUUUGUGGAAGAUCUUUGAUCUGCUGUAUCGGUUAGCUCGGGACUUGCAAUUUCCGGUAGCCGCGAUACCAUUUUCGGGGAAUUAUGGCGGGUUUCCGGUGAUGAGCGACAAGAAUAAUCUCCUGGGUGUGGCUAAUUUGGUGAAAGCUCGGGGAAGCAGAGAUGGAUAGGAACAGAGAAGCGAGAAGAGCAACCAUGGCGGCUUCGAACGGUUUAUCCAGACGUAGACACAGAGGUAGCAGCCUCAGAGACUCCCCAGAGGAGGAUGGGCCAGUGGAGUUGCAAGAGACGGCGAGGCUGAGAGAUCGAGGAGGGAACGGAAAGAAGGAUCGAGAUCGCGAUCGGGACCGCGAGCGCGAGCGCGACAGGGAUCGGCUGAGCCGGAGCAAGAGGAGGAGAGCCGAUAGAUUGCUCCACAGCAGAGAAGAUGGCGGCGAGGAGAGUUCGGAGGAGAGCGUGAACGACGAAGAGGACGAUGAGGACGACGACGGAGCCGCCUCCGUAAGGAUGCUACCUCCGAACCCGCCGCCGCUAUCGUCCUCGGCUACGGCCAUGUCCAAUCAUCGGAAGAGCUUUCCUCCUCCGGCCAAAGUUUUUAGAGCAGCGCCGACGUGGAAAGCCGCCGACGAGAUGAUUGGCGUGUCGGUGCCCAGAAAAGCCCGGUCAGCGUCGACAAAGAGGUCGCACGAAUGUUGGGCUUCAAGUGCUAGCGGAGUUGGUGCGGAGCAAAUUCACCACCAGGCUUCGACAUCGCCGGUGAGACCGAGCCACGUAUCGAUUUCGGUAGCGGCAGCGUCGCCAGCUCCGGCCUCGCCGUCUUCUUCCAAUGCUUCGUUGCGUAAGAAGAUGAAGCCCAAUGGACCCAAACUGCGGCCUCCCAAAUCGUCGUCCAAGUCAUCGUCCUCAGCUCAGGAUGAGAUAGAGAUAGAGAUAGCGGAGGUGCUGUACGGGAUGCUGAGGCAGCCCCAGGGCCCUUCCAAGCAAGAAAUCCUGGCCAACGAUUCCGUCAAGUUCGAUCCAAGAGAACUCAAUAAGUCCUCCGGUGAUGCCAAAUCCAGAGUCUCGUCGCCGAUCUCAAACUCUCCCUCUGCUGCACCUCAAUCAUCGUCGAUUCCACCUCAGAAUUCUAGCUCCUCUGUCACUCCCAUCUCCGCUGUUGUGGCACCGAAGAGGAAAAAGCCGCGAGCGGUGAAGUACGACGAUGAGAGCCCGUCGAUUUUCACCGUCAGGAAUAGUCCCAUUUCGACCACGAACAAGGCCGAGAUCGAUCAGCCGGCGAAAAUCGAAGCUUCGUCGUCGCCUAACUUGGAGAAGAAGCCAGGAUCCGCAGCUGAAAACGGUGGAGUUCCGAACGAUUUGGCCAAUCCUCAAGUGGUACAGGCCUCGUUGGAGGCGCCGCCAGAGUCAACAGCCAAGGCGGAAAGCAACCCCCUAUCGGAUUCGAAGCCUUUAACGGGAGAGUCGGAGGGUAAAGAUGUGGGCACCAGUAAGGAGGAGCCUCAGUCGCCCAAGAAGGAAUCUCCUGUGGUCAGAGUGGAUGAUAAUCGCGAUGACGUGAAAGCGAAUAAAGCGAAUUCAACGAUCUCUGAGGUGGAGAGCCACAAAGAAGAGAAGUUCCAGAUAGAUCUGAUGGCUCCGCCUCCUCCUCCGUUGAGAUCAUCACCAGAAAGGGACGGUGAGAUUGAUUUUGUGGCCGUAGAUCCUAAAUCUAUGGUCACAGAUGCUGAAACGGAAAUUAAGCCUGUUGUGAAGGAAGAUGAGAAAGCGGUAAAAAUAUGCAAGGAAGAGGUGGUGAAUGUUGAAAACGAGAAGGCGAAAUCUUUGGCAGCGGAAGAAGCCCAAUCACAGACGCCGGUCGUUGUUCGUAAGGAGAGGAACAUCGACCUCCAGGUUGACUUGGAGAAGACCGAUAGAGAUAGCGGCACUGCUAGCGUAAGCGGCAACAAGUUACACCACCAUGUUCAGAAGCAGCAGCCACAGCACGCUAGCACUGAAAGAACCCAAACGAGCUCUCUACCUUUGCCAAUGUCUGUCCCUGGCUGGCCGGGCGGUCUUCCUCCAAUGGGAUAUAUGGCACCUCUACAAGGAGUUGUAUCCAUGGAUGGCAGCACCGUAUCUCCUGCUGCUGUACAACCACCGCAUUUGCUUUUCUCUCAACCUAGGCCAAAGAGGUGCGCAACGCAUUGCUACAUUGCACGGAAUAUACUGUGCGACCAGCGACUUGCGAGGAUUAAUCCGUUCUGGCCUGCGGCAGCUGGGUCUGCAUCACUGUACGGGGCUAAGCCCUGCAAUCUCAAUGUGGUGCCUCCGGUAGAAUUGCAUGGAAACAUUCCAGUUAGGGGGGUGAGCUCCACCCAGGAUAAGGGGCAAGGUGUUGCUAUGUUUACUGGUCAUACUGGGAAGGAUAAAGGUUCUCAAGCAGCAGCGAACAUUGUGGAUGCUUCCCAGAGAAAGCCAAUUUUGCUUCAGACAGCUCUGCCCCAAGGAGCGCCUAGUAAUAUCUUGCAUGGCCCUACUUUCAUCUUUCCUCUGAGCCAGCAACAACCUGCGGCAGCUGCUUCUGCUCGAUCUGUUUCUGUAAAGUCUCCUCCUGCUGCUGCUGGUAGUGCUGCUUCAGCAAGUGCUUCUAAUUCUGCCGCAGUAAGUGCCUCAGCGACGGCAGCUGCUGCAGCAGCACCAAUGGGCUUCAACUACCCAAACAUGCCUGGGAACGAAACUCAGUAUUUGGCAAUUUUGCAGAACAAUGCAUAUCCGUUCCCAAUUUCUGCUCAUGUUGGGGCACCGCCAGCUUAUAGAGGAACCCAUGCUCAGGCGAUGCCAUUCUUCAAUGGGUCUUUCUAUUCUUCUCAAAUGCUCCAUCCUCCGCAGAUUCAUCAUCAUCAGCAGCACCAGCAACCACCUCCUCAGUCACAGCAGAGCCUUCAAGGUCAUCAGAAUGCAAGCAUUUCUAGUGGUUCGUCGUCGUCUCAGAAGCACUUGCAGAAUCAGCAGCAGAGGCCACAUGGAAAUGGUGUCAAUGGUGGCGGUGGAAACGUGCAAGGCUUUCCUGCCCCCAAAAACCAGUCUUCACAUCGACAGCAACAGCAGCAGCAGAACCAGCAUGUCCCUCACCAGGCUCGCCAACUUGAGUCUGAGAUGGGCGCAGAAGAUAGCCCUUCUACCGCUGAUAGCCGUGUCUCUCGUGCAAACAUGAGUAUUUAUGGUCAGAAUUUUGCAAUGCCGAUACACCCUCCCCCCAACUUCGGUUUUAUGACAACUGCAAUGAUGGGCGGUGCCAGUGGCGCCGCCAGUGCAAGUGGUAAUCAUACUGAGAAGAAACAACAGCAUGGAUCAAAGGCUGGAGUGGAACCUACAUCAUCUCAAGCUUUUCCUAUGUCUUUUGCUUCCAUGAAUGGUGCUACUACCACUCCUGGUCUUGACAUUUCAUCCAUUGCACAGAAUCAUCCUUUUCUUCAUCAUAAUAAUUAUCAUCAGCUCAUGGCUGCCACCGCUGCCCAAGUGACUCAGCAGAAGAAAAAUUACCGUGUUUCUGAAGAUGGGAAAACUGGAGGAGGUGAUUCUUCCAAUGUGGAAGAAGAAAGGAAGGCCAUGCCAGGGAAGGCUUCAGCGACGGUUGGACAAUCCAUUGCCUUCUCUAGGCCAGAGUUGGCUGAUACCUCAGUAAAGGGCAACAGUCUCAUUGACAGCUCACCCCGAAGUCUCAACCUUGGGUCUGCUCCUGGCCGGGCGUCCGGUUCUGUUAUGCCUGCUGCUAUAAACACAGUGAAUGCUCCUAGUUCUCAGCAGCAAUUGCAGCGGAAUCAACCACAGCAGCAGAUGAUUCAACUUCAUAAGCAGCAGCAACAAUUUGCUGCAGCUCGAAGCAAAACUCCAGCGACGAGUAAUGGGAGUGUUUACUCAGAUCAUCACCUACCUUCAUCGUCAUCUAUGGCCACAAAGUUUAGCAAUGCUCUAUCUUCUUUUCCCCAAAACCUUGUCCAAACCAGCAGCGGCAGCCCAUCUCAGUCUCCUCAGUGGAAGAGUUCUGUACGGACAGCCACUACGCAAGUUCCUUCUCCAACUCUGUCCUCUUCAACCUCCUCAUCCCUAAAAAAUCUCUCUCAACAGCAAGGAAGGACCCAACAAAGUCACACGCAAAUAUCUUUUGCGGCUAAUGCAAAAUCUUCAACACCACAAGGGCAACAAGCCCCCAACGGCAACCAGUCCCCAUCUCGUCCAGUGAUGGUUGGCUCACCCACAACUUCCUCCAUGUCGAAAAGCGCUGGUGGAAGCCCCAGGACUACUGCUUCCACUUCCACAGCCAACAAAGCUGGCCAAGCUUCUACGUUGUCGUCUCAGCAGGCGAAGAACGUCUCUUCAGUGCCUAGCAGGAAGUCAUCUCCAGUUGGGGGGAGGAAUGUUCCAUCGAUUCUUGGAAACCCACACAUCACCUCUACUUCGGACAGUGCAACUAAGCCUCAAUUGCCACAACAGCAGCAGCAACAGCAGCAGUUAACAAAGCAUGCGAUUCAGCAAGCCCAUCUAUACAUCUCUAACGCCUACAUACAUGCACAAGCUUCACAUUCAACUGGUAAUACCCCUGCAGCACCUGCAAGUGGGUUCUAUCUUCAAAGAAACCGCCGUGAGCAGCAGCAGCUGCCACAGGGGUCAUCGGGUGCAUCCUCAACUGGGAUGUUGUCGAUGUGCCCUCCCGUUACACUUGUUAACACGAGCACUUCCGAUCCUGCCAAGGUAGUUGCUGCUGCUACAGCUGCUAGCAACAUGAAAGGUGGUGGCUUACCGCCACAGGGAAUUCUCCAUGUUACCCAGUUUGGUGCUGCACAGUCCUCCGGCAACCCGCAUCAGCUUUUGCCUGCUAGCUAUUCCUACGUGCGUGCGGUUCCCACCCCAGUUCAGGUGAAGCCGGCAGAGCAGAAACAACCAGCUGUUGAGUGAAAAGCACGUCCCUUGGUGCUUUACAUCGCAACCCCCAGGGAAAAAUGCCUAAAAAGUUCAGUGAGCUAGUUUGUAUCAGGAGCAGUUUCUUGCCUAGAAAAUGACCACUUGCAUACCUUCUGGCAGCCUGAAGAAAUGGAAGAUGCUAACAUUCAAGGAAUCACGGCUGUGGGAAAGGCAUUUAUGAGUCGGACCCACAAUUUUGGAAGUUAAUUGAGUCGAGUGGGAAAGAUAGUCCUCUGUUGAAUGUGGUUGGGAUGUAUUCAUCUGUGUACACACUUGUUCAUAAUCUGACAGGGUUGAUCGUGGAGUCUAAUUGAAAAUUCGAUUGAUUUUGAUGGGGGUUAAGAUUGGGGGGGUGGGGGGGCAAUGGCACGGAGAAGAAAGUGGGCGGAUCUUUUGUAGGGCAAGAGAGGAAAGAAGGGUGGUGUCAUGGACGAAGGCGAGGAAGAGCAAGACCAACCUUUCUCUUCUUUUGGGGCUGUAAUGAAGGGGGGUUCCUCUUUUGCUUUAGUUAUUUCUCCUUUGUUUUGGGUUUUAGUUUUCAAGGAAGAGUAGUAAAACAGCAAUCUUUUGACAUAUAUAUGCAAUGGAGGGUGUAUAUGUAUGUAUAUUUGUCUGGCACAUAUAGGAGUGUAGCCCUCUCAAUUUUUUUUAUUUAAAAUUUGCAAUCCAA